AUGGCGGCCACGGCGGCGCGGGCCCUACGCUGGCGGAGCGGGCUCUCGCUCGGCGCGCGGGGCUUGUGCGCGAGGCUGGUGACGUUGCCCCCGCGGGCCUCAGGCCAGGCCAAGGAGAUCGGGAGCCGCCCAAGCACUAAGGCCCAGGCCCAGGGGUCCCAGCAGCAGCAGCAGCAGGGCACGGAGGGUCCCAGCUAUGCCAAAAAAGUCGCACUCUGGCUUGCUGGGCUGCUUGGGGCUGGUGGAACCGUGAGUGUCGUCUAUAUCUUCGGAAAUAACUCUGUGGAUGAAACUGGUGCCAAGAUUCCCGAUGAAUUCGACAAUGAUCCAAUUCUGGUACAGCAGUUACGCCGGACAUACAAAUAUUUCAAAGAUUAUAGACAGAUGAUCAUUGAGCCCACUAGUCCCUGCCUUCUCCCAGACCCUCUGCGAGAGCCGUACUAUCAGCCGCCCUACACGCUGGUCUUGGAGCUCACCGGCGUCCUCUUGCACCCUGAGUGGUCGCUGGCCACUGGCUGGAGGUUUAAGAAGCGGCCAGGCAUAGAGACCUUAUUCCAGCAGCUUGCCCCUUUGUAUGAAAUCGUCAUCUUCACAUCAGAGACUGGCAUGACUGCAUUUCCACUCAUCGACAGUGUGGACCCCCACGGCUUCAUCUCCUACCGCCUCUUCCGGGAUGCUACACGAUACAUGGAUGGGCACCAUGUUAAGGACAUUUCCUGCCUGAAUCGGGACCCAGCCCGUGUGGUGGUUGUGGACUGCAAGAAGGAAGCCUUCCGCCUACAGCCCUACAAUGGUGUCGCACUGCGGCCCUGGGAUGGCAACUCUGAUGACCGGGUCUUGUUGGACCUGUCUGUCUUCCUCAAGACUAUUGCAUUGAAUGGUGUGGAGGAUGUCCGGACUGUGCUGGAGCACUAUGCCUUGGAGGAUGACCCGCUGGAGGCUUUCAAACAGCGCCAAAGCCGGCUGGAGCAGGAAGAGCAGCAGCGCCUGGCCGAGCUCUCCAGAUCCAACAAGCAGACACUCUUCCUCAGCUCUCUUACCAGUCGCCUGUGGCCUCGCUCCAAACAGCCCUGA